AUGCUGAACAAACCCGGCGACAUCGACAUCCGCCCCUCCAAGGUGCACGUGCAAGUGUACUCCCAGCGCGGCGCUCUGCUCGCCGACUCCUCUUCACCGGUGGAGCUGGACGAAUUCCGCUGCCCAACACGAUACUACCUGCCUCGCGAUGAUGUGAAGUGGGACCAGCUUGAGAAGACCGACACAGUCACCAAGUGUCCGUACAAGGGCACUUGUGACCUGUACUGGGCUGCGAAGGACGAUGAACUCGCGAAACCGAUCGCGUGGGAGUACGCCGACCCCCUACCCGCUGUGGACGCUAUCAAGGGCCGAGUCGCAUUCUGGAACGAGCAGGUCAAGCUCCUCAUCGACGGCGUCGAGUGGAGGAAGGGAAAUGAGCAGAGCCACAAGGGACAGAAGUGA